UCCGACAUUCCUAACUGCCAGUCUUCAUCGCAAUUACACAGGGUCAACAAGAUGUACUACCAAGACAUUUAACGUGUUCCACGUGCCUUUGAGAAAGACCUAAACUCCUGGUGGCUUUCUUUGUUCCUUAGUUUCCUCUGCAAUGACGUGGGGUGGAGCUGGGGAAGGAGAAGAUUAUUAGGAUUUAAACUAUAAUUCCUAGUUACAGAUGAACAAACGCAUUGACUCUCAGAGGCUUGUAGGACUGCAGAGGUGAGGCAGAGGGUGCUUUAUCUCAUCUCGUGGUUGGGGUACGCUUUCACAUUCUUCCAUUUGGGGCAAACUGGAGCAAACUUUCGCCCCACGCGGGGGCAUUGCUUCCAAAAGCAAUGGCUUGAAUUGACGUGUGCGAGACUCAGAUCCUCCUUGAGAUGCCACUGCAAUAGAAAACCAGGCGGACGAAACUGGCGCCGGCCGCCAGCAGGGGCGAGGGCUGCCGCGGAGGUGCCGGCUCCCGCCCGCCGUCAGCCGACCCGCCGCUAGGAGGCGCCGCCAGCGCGCCCGGCCCCCGCCCGCUACCAGAGGAGGGCUCGGAUCUCCUCCGCCAGCCCCUGAGCCCGCCCGGGAACUGGCGGGGAGCAGACCGCAGGGGACGCGCGGCUGAGCGCCCGGGGCUGUCACCGCGGACGCGCCGUGCACACCGGGACGCGGGCAUCUGGGGACCGCCAGCCGCCACCCCCGCACUUUUCCGCCGGGGAUCCAACUCCCCGGGGCGCAGCUGCCUGGACGGAGGGCGAUGUCUGCCGGGGCCCGCCGCCGUCCCCGGGGCAGCCGGGCGCAGCGCUCGCGCCCCUCUGCUGCUUCUCGGCCGCGCUGGGGAUGCUGUGGUCCCCCGCGUCGCAGGCGUUCAACUUGGACGUGGACAAGCUCACGGUGUACAGCGGCCCCGAGGGCAGCUACUUCGGCUACGCGGUGGACUUCCACAUACCUGCCGCUCGCACACCGAGUGUCUUGGUGGGGGCGCCCAAAGCCAACACCAGCCAGCCAGACAUCGUGGAAGGGGGCGCCGUCUAUUACUGCCCUUGGCCCGCCGAAGGGUCUGCGCAGUGCAAGCAGAUACCGUUUGACAACACCAACAACAGAAAGAUCAGAGUUAAUGGAACCAAGGAACCCAUAGAGUUUAAAUCAAAUCAAUGGUUUGGAGCGACCGUGAGAGCUCACAGAGGAAAAGUGGUGGCUUGCGCACCGUUAUAUCACUGGAGAACUCUUAAAUCCGCACCAGAAAAGGACCCAGUCGGCACUUGCUACGUAGCAAUUCAGAAUUUCAGCGCGUAUGCUGAGUACUCUCCUUGUCGGAACAGUAAUGCUGAUCCUGAAGGACAGGGUUACUGCCAAGCAGGAUUUAGUCUGGAUUUUUAUAAGAAUGGAGACCUUAUCGUAGGAGGACCUGGAAGUUUUUAUUGGCAAGGUCAAGUGAUCACUGCCAGUAUUGCAGACAUCAUUGCAAAUUACUCAUUCAAGGAUAUUCUAAGGAAAUUGGCUCGAGAAAAACAGACAGAAGUGGCUCCAGCGUCCUACGAUGACAGUUACCUUGGAUAUUCAGUUGCUGCUGGGGAAUUUACAGGAGAUUCUCAGCAAGAAUUGGUUGCUGGAGUUCCAAGAGGAGCACAGAAUUUUGGAUAUGUUUCAAUCAUUAACUCUACAGACAUGACCUUUAUUCAGAAUUUCACUGGUGAACAGAUGGCAUCGUAUUUUGGAUAUACAGUCGCAGUAUCCGAUGUUAACAAUGAUGGAAUGGAUGACAUAUUGAUUGGGGCACCUCUCUUUAUGGAACGCGAAUUUGAGAGUAACCCUAGAGAAGUAGGGCAGGUUUACCUGUACAUGCAAGUGAGUGCUCUCGUCUUUGGAGACCCGCAGGUCCUCGCAGGCACAGAGGUUUUUGGAAGAUUCGGCAGUGCUGUGGCACAUUUAGGAGACCUGAACCAAGAUGGAUACAAUGACGUCGCCAUCGGUGCACCCUUUGCAGGCCAGGAUCAGAGAGGGAGGGUACUCAUUUACAAUGGGAACCAGCAUGGCUUAAACACCGAGGCUUCCCAAAUUCUGCAAGGAGUGUGGGCCUCACAGGCCGUCCCUUCCGGAUUCGGCUUUACUUUAAGAGGAGAUUCAGACAUAGACAAGAAUGAUUACCCAGAUUUAAUUGUGGGUGCAUUUGGAGCAGGAAAAGUUGCUGUUUACAGAGCGAGGCCAGUGGUGACCGUGGGCGCCCAGCUCCUGCUACACCCAAUGAUUGUCAAUCUGGAGAAUAAAACCUGCCAGAUUCCAGAGUCCACGACCUCUGUGGCCUGCUUUUCCUUAAGAGUAUGUGCGUCUGUAACAGGCCAGAGCAUUCCAAACACAAUAGGCCUGACUGCCGAGGUGCAAUUAGAUUCCUUGAAACAAAAAGGAGCCGUUAAACGCACACUGUUCCUUGAGAACCACCAGUCACAUCUCGUCUUCCCCCUAAUGAUAAAGCAGCAGAAAUCCCACCAAUGCCAGGACUUUAUGGUUUACCUGCGAGAUGAAACAGAAUUUCGAGAUAAAUUAUCUCCAAUCAACAUUAGUUUGAAUUAUAGUUUGGAUGAAUCCACCUUUAAGGAAGGCCUGGAAGUGAAACCAAUAUUGAACCACUACAGGGAGCAUGUUGUUACUGAACAGGCUCACAUCCUGGUGGACUGUGGAGAAGACAAUAUGUGCAUUCCAGACUUGAAGCUGUCAGCUAGACCAGAUAAGCAUCAGGUCAUCAUUGGGGAUGAAAAUCACCUUAUGCUCAUAAUCAAUGCACGAAACGAAGGAGAAGGAGCUUAUGAAGCAGAACUCUUUGUGAUAAUACCAGAAGAGGCAGACUAUGUCGGGAUUGAACGCAGCAGCAAGGGAUUCCGACCACUGAGCUGUGAGUACAAGAUGGAAAAUGUCACCAGAAUGGUAGUGUGUGACCUUGGGAACCCUAUGGUGGCUGGAACAAAUUAUUCUCUGGGCCUCCGAUUUGCAGUUCCACGUCUUGAGAAAACAAACGUGAGCAUUAACUUCGAUCUUCAAAUCAGAAGUUCCAACAAAGAUAACCCAGACAGCAAUUUUGUGAGCCUGCAAAUCAACAUCACCGCUGUAGCUCAAGUAGAAAUAAGAGGAGUCUCCCACCCUCCGCAGAUCGUUCUGCCCAUUCCUGACUGGGAACCAGAAGAGGAGCCCCGCAAAGAGGAGGGAGUUGGACCCUUGGUGGAACAUAUUUAUGAGCUGCACAAUAUUGGACCAAGUGCCAUCAGUGACACACUUCUGGAGGUGGGCUGGCCAUUCUCUGCCCGAGAUGAAUUUCUCCUUUAUAUUUUUCAUAUUCAAACUCUGGGACCUCUACAAUGUCAAACAAAUCCUGACAUCAACCCGCAGGAUAUAAAGCCCGCUGACCCCCCAGACGACACCCCCGAGCUGAGCGCCUUUCUGCGAAACUCAACCAUCCCUCACCUUGUCAGGAAAAGAGAUGUGCCUGUGCUGGAGCUCCACAGACAGAACCCCGCAAAAAUCCUGAAUUGUACAAAUAUCGAGUGUUUACAUAUCUCCUGUGCAGUGGGACGACUAGAAGGAGGAGAAAGUGCAGUCCUGAAAGUCAGAUCACGGUUAUGGGCCAAGACAUUUCUCCAGAGAAAAAAUGAUCCCUAUUCGCUUGCAUCCUUGGUGUCCUUUGAAGUUAAGAAGAUGCCUUAUAAAGAUCAGCCAGAAAAACUCCCAGAAGGAAGCAUAGCAAUUAAGACAUCAGUUAUUUGGGCAACGCCAAAUGUUUCCUUCUCCAUCCCAUUAUGGGUCAUAAUACUAGCAAUACUUCUUGGAUUAUUGGUUCUGGCCAUUUUGACCUUAGCUUUAUGGAAGUGUGGAUUCUUUGACAGAGCAAGGCCCCCGCAAGAUGAUAUGAAUGACAGGGAACAACUGACUAAUGAGAAAACCCCUGGUGCAUGAAAAGGAAAACCAAAGACCACAAAACUCCAACACUGGUCCUGUUCAUAGAAAAGAAGGAACAUAGGGUUAAAGAAAGGUUUUCCUGUUCCUGCCAGUGUCCUAGGAAAUGGAAGGGCCCCGGAAAAGAUCAUUUCAACUGUGCCACGCGUUGGAGAAGUUGCCACGGAGCCCAGAGACCCUUUUGGGAAAGGAAACACCUUCAACAGCAUAGAAACAAUCAAUCCUGGGGCAGAUUUCUCUGCUUGAGUCGUUCUGUAUUUGGCAGGCACUUUGAAAUGGGCACAGGAACUGAGAUUGCUUUCCAGGUAAAUCUAACUUUAUGGCGCAGAGACAAAAAUGUCUGAAUCACAAUAGAGUUUAGAAGGUGAACUAGGACCAAACCUUCCACUACUACUGUAUCCAAAGGAAUAUUUGACACCUCCCUAUGGAAAAUAAACAUUUCUAAUGACCUUACGGCUCAGGGAGACACGCAUAUGUUGUUGGUACUGUGAAAGUACUUUGGAAAUGACAAAGAUAAUCUUGUAAGCGAGGAUAACUAUUUAUUUAUUUUCCAUUUCUCUAGGCUGAUAUUCUGGUCAUCUAGAGGAUUUGGAAAUUAAGAUUUGGUUAGCUGGUUUUUGAAAUCACUCACUAAAUUUCCUUCUCAGAUAAGCGUUUUGUGCAGAUAAAUCGUUUGACAGAGUUUCUUCAAGAUUUAGACAGUGUUAAAGAAAAGCAAAUCGGUAUUAGAAUAUAGUUUCACUUAGUACGUUGCUGCCUUCUACCUGAAAUUUUAUUCACAUUUUCCAGGAACUCACAUCUGCUUAAUUCAGCUUUGCAAGAAGUUGCAUUUAUAGUUCCUUUUGCAAAAAAAUAAUUAUUUUGUUGACUUAAUUAGCAAUACACAAAUUUCAAGGCACUCUCAACCCUGUGUGGUGUUUAAAAGUUAUGGUAAAAUUUCUAGAGUCCAUUAAUAAAAAAAAAUGAAUUUAACACUGUGGAUGAACAUUGUUUUUAAUAUCCAUAAGAAGCAACACCAAUAUCUAGCUUCAGAUUAAAUACCUAUUUGCUAUACCUCAAACUUACGUACACAGAAAAGACAUGUUAAAUGUAAAUAGGAAGGAAAUAUCGAGUUAUACAGAUGUGAGGUAAACCUAGAAAAUGGAUUCCUAAGGAUGUUAGGAUUGCUAGCCCAGCUUUACUACUCAUUUUUUACUGCUAAUCUUUAUAGUACAUGACUUUGGAAAAUAAUCUGUAUUGAAACUAUUUUCCCAUCACCUUGAACUUAACCGUCACAAAGACUUGAUGUUUAAAACUCUUGUAAAUAACCCAUAAUCACAUGUAAUAUUAUCAUUUUUGAAGUAAAAUUGACCAGCCAAAUUCAUAUAGUCUGCACAAUUUUGUAUCCUUUUUAUAAUAAUGAAAAAUUACUAUGAAGAAAUGCUGAACGGAUUUUAUAUUUAUGUGCAAUAUUUUAUAGACCUAUGUACCUAAAGCAUGUUUACACUGGCAUUAGUUAUUUUUAAAAUUCAUAUCCUGAAUAUAAAGUAUGAUAGAACCAACAGACCCAAAUCCUUACGUUUACAAAGCCAUUGGAAAAUGUGUAUCCCAGUUUCAACCAUUACACGUUAUUUGAAAGAUGAGCCAAACUCACAGACACUAAAUUUUCUAUUGUGCCUUAACUUGGAGACAAGCCAUUUGGCGAAAGCUGCACGACUUCUUUGGAGACCAAAUGAAAGGUACAUGGGAGAAUACACUGAUGAAGUUCAUAUUGUUCCUGCUUAUGAAUUAAAUCCUGUCAUGGUAGCGGUUUCAAGUCCGUCAGGAAUGAGGUCUGGCUCCCAGUGUGUAUGCUGACAGUGGGUGUCUGAUGGCCCUCUGUGAAAUGCCUGUAGAUUUCAGAUAAUCAAACCUGCCUCAAACAGCUUGAGAGUCCCACACCAGCCUCCAGUCUUAGGUGUUAGUGGUCUAGGUAGGCUUUUAUAGGGAGGUGGCCAUCUAGAGAAUGUGCUUUGGGGGAUCCUGGACAGUUCUCUCUGCCCCAAAAUAAUGCCCUAAUUCUUGUUAUAGUGCCUGACUUUUGAACAAUAGAGAUUAGCUACUCAGGAUUUUAGGUCAUAAAAGGUCCUUGAGAAAACACACCCAUUGCUUUCUAAGCUAACAGUUGUGAAGGAACUUUCAAGUUCUUCAGGCUAGAUUCACGUAGGACCCUGUGAGACGGGUCGUACAGAUACUAGAGUCACUAGAGGGGCCAAGAGGAAGUUCGGGACCCAGAACAGAGCAAGAUCUGAGGACUCCAAAGGCAAAGUCUGUCUUCCGCACAGUCUCAGCCAAGAGUGGUCCCUUCUAAAGGGACAAGCACUACUAGCUACAGGCAUUUCACAGAGGGCCAUCAGACAUGCAGUGGCCCUCUCGGCCACUUCAAAGGUGGGAGCAAAUGGAGGAAGGGGGACACUGAGGUCAGGUGAACCUUCCAGUUCUCAGAGCACCCCCUCUGCACGGAGAGUCCUCUAACCAUGCACUGAGUGUCUGCUGCUUGACGCAGCAAUGCCAAUCACCCCCCUAACUCAUAACUAUGCCGUACUUCCCUUACAGUCUCUCUCGAUGUUAGAUAGCCCUUUUCAAAUUCUUGCAGCUGGUUUUUAAGAUGUGGAAAGAAAUGGGCAAAUCAAGUUUUACAAACUUGGACGGUUUUACACAGUAAAUAUACAACAUGGACUAGUCAUCACUAAAACCCUACUAUUUUGAUUCAACUCUUUCUUUUUUCUUGUUUUAUUUAAAUGCAUUUGUAGAUAUCUGUGAAGAUUUUCCUGUACCUACUUACCUGUCACUAAUAAAAUUGAAAAUUAUAGACAUGAUGAUGUACUUGUAGUUUGUUUCACAUGCAAUGCAAAGCUUUCCCACAAUGGCAGACAUGAAGGGUUUCUGUCUUUACAACUUGAUUCUUUAUUAUAAAAAUAUUUAACAGGGAAAGAAAUUUGAAAGAGUGGAAAUACGACACUCCUUUGGGAUGAUGAAAAUGUUUCAACUUAGAUUGUGGUAAUGUUUGCACAACUCUGCAAAUAUACUAAAAAACCAUUGAAUUGUAUGCUUUAAAUAGAUGCGUUUUAUGGUACGCAAAUUAAAUUUCAAUAAAAAUGUUUAAAAUUUU